AUGUCAACCGAGGCCAUCGGGGCGACGAGGGCUACGGCGACGACCAACGCGACGUCCACGAUCGACUGUAUCUACGAGAAACUCAUGCAGAAGGAUCGUGAUCUCGAGAUCGCCGCCAAGAUCGGCCAGUCGCUGCUCGAGCAGAAUCGAGACCUGCAGCAGCGGACCGAGUUCCUCGAGGAAAGCUUAGCGAAAAGCUCUGAGGAAAUGGUUCAAAUGAAGCAUGAACUUGACCGAAAGGCCGAAUUGCUCCGAGUCUACUGCCGUUAUGACGAUGAUGGCUUCACCCGGGAGACGACCGAUGAUUCUCUGAAAAAGCGCUUGGAAAAAACCAAGUUAGAGAAUAUUAAGCUCAGACACGAUGUGUUCUCAAUGAAGAAAGGAAAUGGAGGCACAAAUCGAACGCGAUCGAAGUCGAUACGAAGAGGUGUCACGGCAAUCGUCUCACUGCAUGCGCAAGUUGUCGAAAGAGGCGAGGAUUACGCUGCACAGUCUGUAGUGGUCGAAAAACUGCUGCGGGAAAUUUCCCUCAAAAGCAGUCGUGAGCGCGAGCUGACAGCCGAGAACGCCGAUUUGAGUCGACAGGUUGAUGAAGCGUUACAUAGGCAGAAUGAGCUUGGCAUGCAGAUGAAAGAACUGCAGGACCGCUACGCAGAAUUGAGUUGCUUGUUCUCUGAUGCCGAAGAGGAGCUGUGCCGAUUUCGAUCAGCUCCACCGAUGCGGUCCGGCUCAGUGGAUUCGCUUUAUGAUUCGCUCGCCUCCGAGUUGGAGAACAGUGACAGCGGAUUCUCAACAACACCGGCCAUGAGUGCCCGAGCUGGACAAGCGCUAUCGCUGCGACUCGAGCUGCAACGAACGUCAGAAAUGAUGGAGAUUUCAUCGCCAUCUAAAGAAGAGUUCGAUGUACCCUCGAGCGUUCUGGCCGAGGUUGUUCGUAAGAAGAUCUCCAUUGAGCCUGUCGCACCGCCACAGACGCCGUUGAGCGAAGUGGCGCCCACACCCGAAACACCUAGACGACGGGCUGAACUUACUCGGAAGCUCACUUGCGAUGUUAGCACUUCCUGUUCCGAACUGGCUGGGCCGUCACUCAGUCCUCUCGCUACCUCAACUCCUGAGAGAUCAAUGGUCUCAAACGAGGGCAUUCUACAACUGUCAGAGCCUCGCUCAACUUGUUGCACACCAAUCACCCCUCCGGCUAGAAUGUACCCCUCGUUCUUCUCACCUCACUUUCGAGGAUCACUCCGCUUACCUACAAGGGUGACACCCCUCCCGCGGCCACUGACAAAGUGUCCAUCAGACGACUCACUCGAUGACUAUGUGGCACCGAAAAUGGGUGAACCCGGCGUGCCGGGAACUCGUGACCUCAUCGUUUCGCUGAAAAUGCUGAGAGCACGUCGAAAGGUAAAUUUAACUCUUGUGAGUUGUGAGCGUGUCUUUCGUUGUUGGUGUGUCCGGAAAGUG